AUGGGGAAGGCAAGUAUAAAGGACUAUGGAAACGUAUGCAAAUGGUUUAAAAAAUUAAGCAAUAAAAAAUCUAUGCCAUUAUUACCAGAGAACAAGGAAGAGAGAUUGAAAAAAUUUACCAACUUUUCCUUAUAUCAUAUAAUGGAAAAGUAUGAAUUCGUACCCAACCUUCUUCUGCAAACGGAGUAUAUGUACCCUCUUUUGUAUAAAAAUCCAGAGGUUUUAAGACAGUCCUACUUUAACCACUACAAGUUUAGUAAUAUUUCUAAUAAGCCCAAGUCAUAA